ACACGUUGACAGCAGGAAAUAAAACACGUCAGUAAAUCGAAUCGGUGACCAGCUCGAGCGUUCGGCGGAUUUGAUUUCUGGUGUUGUCUAUGUACACGCAUUCCCUCCGGGGACUGAACAUAAUUGUCUUUGGUAGCUCAAUAGUUCAGCUCGGUUGUGAAAUCAUAGCAUUAGUGAAAUAUUCAUUGUUCGGGACCGAAUUGGUGUAAACAUCUCUAGUUGGGAGGUGAGCUUUUUUUUUCUCACACGUAUCUUCAAUCGGUGAUUGGACCCGAUUCAGUGUAAACGCCGGUGGGUGAAAAGUUUCGACUCGGGAGAAAUCGAAAUGGGGCCACAACCGUGGCGAAAUCGACUCACCACCAGCCGUACGAGUUGGAUGCUGCUGGCUGCUGUGGCAUAUGUUUUGCUUCCAGCUGCCACCGGUGCGGCCGUUAUGUCCGUGGACCUGGGCAGUGAGUGGAUGAAGGUCGGCGUUGUGUCCCAGGGUGUCCCGAUGGAGAUCGCUUUGAACAAAGAGUCCAAACGGAAAACGCCGACUGCCAUUGCCUUCCGGGAUGGGGAUCGCGUUGUAGGUGAGGAUGCCUACAACAUCGGGGUGCGAUUUCCGGCCAACAACUUUGCAUAUUUGAUCGACCUGCUGGGAAAGACGAUUGACAAUCCGAUGGUGGAGUUGUACAGAAAACGUUUCCCGUACUAUGACAUAGUUGAGGAUCCGACGCGUAAAACGGUUGUGUUCCGUAAUGGUGAAGACCUGUACACCAUUGAGGAAUUGAUUGCACAGAUUCUACAGGUGGCCAAGGGUUAUGCUGAGGAUUCGACUGGUCAAACGGUGACGCAGUGCGUUCUGAUUGUGCCAGGAUUCUUCGGUCAAGCCGAACGGCAAGCACUGGUCGCCUCUGCCAGGUUGGCAAAUCUCAACGUUCUUCAGCUGAUGAAUGACUACACGGCUGUCGCGUUGAACUAUGGAAUUUUCCGCCGGAAGGAGUUUAAUGAAACGGCACAGUAUUUUAUCUUUUACGAUAUGGGAGCCUACAAGACAACGGCGUCGGUUAUCAGUUAUCAGCUGGUGAAGGACAAAGUUAGUCGUGAAAUUCUACCGGUGGUUCAGGUGAUUGGAGUGGGCUACGACAGAACGCUGGGUGGAUUGGAAAUGCAAGUUCGGUUGCGAGACUUUCUCGGUCAGGAGUUUAACAAAAUGGGUAAAACCAAGAGCGAUGUGUUCAGCAGCCCGAGAGCGAUGGCAAAAUUGUUCAAGGAAGCUGGCCGGUUGAAGAAUGUGUUAAGUGCCAACACUGAACAUUACGCGCAGAUUGAGGGUCUGCUUGAUGAACAGGACUUCCGACUGUUGGUAACCCGAGAACAGUUCGAAAACCUGUGCAAGGAUUUGUUCGGUCGCGUGACUGGUCCCAUCGAACGCGCCCUGGCUUCGUCGGGCCUAUCGAUUGAACUGAUCAGCCAAGUGGUUUUAUUUGGUGGCAAUACACGCGUUCCGAAGAUACAGGAAGUUCUAAAGUCUCACAUCAAACAAGAAUUAGGUAAAAACUUGAACGCUGACGAAGCUGCCUGCAUGGGUGCCGUCUACCGGGCAGCGGAUCUUGCAACUGGAUUCCGGGUGAACAAAUUCGUUGUGAAGGAUGCCGUGCUCUUUCCGAUUCAUGUAGUGUUUUCACGGGAAGGUGAAGGCGGAAGCACCAAACAGGUUCGAAGAACCUUGUUCGGAGCGAUGAACGCGUAUCCGCAGAAAAAAGUUAUAAGCUUUAACAAACAUACGGACGAUUUCGAAUUUUCGGUCGAUUAUUCGGAUUUGGAUUCCGUGCUGAGCACGGAAGAGAUUCGCAACAUGGGUUCGUUAAAUUUGACUCGAGUCAGCCUGAAGGAAGUGGGCAAAAAAAUAAACUCGUCCGUCACGGAAAAUGUCGUUUCCAAGGGCAUCAAGGCACAUUUUUCCCUUGACGACUCGGGACUGUUUUCGUUGGCCAAUGUCGAGCUAGUGUUGGAAAAGACAGUGAAGGAGGAAGACGAAAGCACACUGAAAAAGUUGGGUAAUACUAUUAGCAAACUAUUUUCGGGUGAUUCGGAUGACGACAAAGGAACGGUGGUUGAGGAGGGAUCACAGCAAGAUAACUCCAAAGACGCCGAAUCCAGUGACGACCAGAAACCGGAGGAACCUGUAAAUACCACGAGCACGACGGAAAACGCAACAGUGGCAGGAGCAGCGGAUUCCAGCCAGAAUAAAACUGAUACCGUUAAAACGGUUACUCUCAAGAAGCAAAUCCCAUCGGAAAUCGAAGUAGUUUACGUGAAACCCCUAGACGGAGCCGAGUUUGACAGUUCCCUAGCGAAGAUUCGUUCUUUGAACGAAAUAGACCGCAACAAGAAGCGACGCGAAACUGCGCUGAAUGCGCUGGAAAGUUUCGUCAUCGAUGCCCAGGUCAGACUGGAUGAGGAUGAGUACGCUUCAUGUGCCACCGCAGACGAGGUGGAUUCGAUUCGUAAAUCAUGUGCUGAAAUUUCCGACUGGUUGUACGAAGAUGGUGCCGACGCCGAUGCGGACACUUACGAGCAGAAGCUAAAUGAGCUGCGUACGGUUGCCAAUCAGGUUUAUGCCCGGCACUGGGAGCACAAAGAGCGCCCGGAGGCCCUGAGUGCGCUGAAGCAGAUGAUCAAGGGGGCCGAAGAUUUCUUGAAUAAAGCGAAGAAUUUUACCAAGGAAGGAAACCCGGAAAAGGAUGUUUUCACGCAGGUCGAGAUCGACACGCUGGAACGAGUGAUCAAAGAAACGACCGAAUGGCGCAAAACGGAGGCUGCCGAGCAGGACAAACUUGCCCGCAACGUUGCUGUUCGCCUGACGGUUAAGGAUCUCACUGACAAAAUGGCACUGCUGGACCGCGAGGUAAAAUAUCUUGUGAACAAACUGAAACUAUGGCGCCCGAAGGUGAAACCGACACCGCCACCGAAAGUGGAGAAAAACGGCGAAGAGAAGGAAGAGGCAGCAGAACAAGAAGGUGAACAGCCGGUGCUCGAAGAGAGUCCACAGGACUCCGAAAAUGGUCUCAAUGAAGAGAAACGGGACAUCAAUCCUACCCAAACGGAAGAUGAUACCGGCGAAGAGCAUACCGAGUUGUAGGCAGACUCUCGUGUGAUAGUUGAGCACAAGUUUAUCAAUUUCAUUCUGUUUUCUUUUAUUUUUUUGCGUGAUUGGUCCUAUAGGUAAAUUAUUUAUUUCGUCGUUUGCCGUGCCGUUUUCUUUAUUGGAUUAUUAAUCCGUUGGCGGUAGACGACCAGGGAAGUACUUUUUUUUGUUAUUAGCGUCCAAUCAUUCCGAUUCCGUAGCAGCAGUUACUCCCAUUUCAUCGACAGCAUGUAGGAGCUUUUCGAAUGGCGAUAGGCAGAGAAAAUAGCGAUUUGUGACUGAAAAACCCACACGAAGACUGGAUUGGGGGUUAGAGGAAAAAAAGCGAACUUUAUUCAAUAGGGUAGAUUGACUAGUAAUUAUGGAAUUACAAAAAAAACAGUGAUUAUAAAAAAACGAAUGUAUAACCAAAACACAAGCGGAAAUUCUCAAGAUUCCUUAA